UCUCUUUGGAGAGAGUUUGUCCACUUGUUUAUUGAAUGGUUGCUGUAGCUCUUCUUAGCAUGAUGAUUUUUUAUAAGUGUUUGAUUCUUAUUUGUCAAAAGUUCUGAAUGAAGGAAUGGUUUUGAUAAGGUUUUGAUGGAGAUAGGACUAUUAAUAUAAUUCUUCAACUGGACGUUAAAGUUGGAUAUUGUUCUUGUUUGUUCAUACAGUUGUAGUACAGUUCUGUAACAUGGGUUAGUUGUAAUUCUCAUGUUUGAACAGUAGUGUAUAUGGUUCACGAUUGUAUUGAAGUUUGAGUUAUGGAGGGAGUUUACAAGUUAUAGUGAGAAUUAGUGAAGUCUGAAGAUGGAUAAAAGGAUAAGUAGUUGUUGUUAAAACAUAUACAUGAUAGCCAGGGUAGGUUUUCUGCUUGCUGCUUCAGUUGCAACCUAUGCAGUUAAGCAGAUAACUGGAAAGAAGCCGAGCCCGCCUCCGGCUUCUGUUGUAAUCAAACCUCCAGAAAAUGGCGAAGCAACUAUUGAACCAGAGGUGGUUGAAAGAGAAGAGGUUGUCGAUUUUACUAUUAGCCCUGAAGAGAAAGAAAAGGAAGAAGAAGAAAUACAUGAACAAGAAAAAGAAACAGAAACAGAAGUAGAUGAAGAAAAAAAUGACGAAGAAAAAACAGAAGAAAUAAAAGGGGAAGAAGAAGAAAUAGAAGGGGAAGACAAUGAAGAAGUUAAAAGAAUUAGCAGUGUCAUAAACCCAUCUUUGAGCAAUCCUUGUUUUCUUGAAGAAGAUGAGAUUUUACCAGAAUUUGAAGAUUUUCUUUCCGGACAAAUUGACUAUCCAUUACCAAAUGACAAGUACGAUUUAAGACAGGAUAACGAGAAAGACAGAAUGUAUGAGCUUGAGAUGGCUAAUAAUGCAAAUGAACUUGAACGGCUAAGGAACUUAGUUAAGGAACUGGAAGAGAGAGAAGUGAAACUGGAAGGAGAAUUACUUGAGUAUUAUGGUCUGAAGGAGCAGGAAUCAGAUGUCACGGAGUUACAGAGGCAAGUAAAGAUAAAGUCAGUCGAAAUCGAUAUGCUGAAUGUCACCAUUAAUUCAUUGCAAGCUGAAAGAAAGAAACUCCAAGAUGAAAUAUCACAGGGAGUCGUGGCAAGAAAGGAGCUUGAGAUUGCUAGGAACAAGAUUAAAGAGUUGCAGAGGCAAAUUCAACUUGACGCCAACCAAACCAGGGGACAAUUAUUGAUGCUCAAACAACAAGUUACUGGUCUCCAGUCAAAGGAAGAAGCCACAUUCAAGAAUGAUUCUGAAGUAGAGAAAAAGCUCAAAGCCGUGUCGGAAUUAGAAAUGACAGUUGUAGAGCUUAAGAGAAAGAACAAAGAACUUCAGUUUGAGAAGAGGGAUUUGAUGGUUAAACUGGAUGCUGCUGAGACCAAAAUAAGAAACCUGUCCAAUAUGACAGAGACUGAAUUGGUUGCGCAGGCAAGGGAGGAUGUAAGUAACUUAAGACAUGCAAAUGAAGAUCUCCAGAAGCAAGUGGAAGGGCUUCAAUUGAACAGGUUCAGCGAAGUUGAAGAGUUGGUUUACUUGCGAUGGGUCAAUGCUUGCUUGAGAUUUGAACUUCGAAACAAUCAAACAGCAGCUGGAAAACCAUCUGCUCGUGAUCUCAGCACAAACUUGAGUCCUAAAUCUCAAGAGAGAGCGAAACAGCUUAUGUUGGAGUAUGCAGGAUCUGAACGUGGACAAGGAGAUACGGAUCUUGAAAGUAUUGCCUCCCCUUCAUCCCCCGGGAGUGAAGAUUUUGAGAAUGCUUCUAUGGACAGUUCAUUCAGUAGGAAUAGUAGUUUUAGUAAAAAAACUAGUCUAAUCCAAAAGCUUAAGAAGUGGGGAAAAGGCAAAGAUGAUUCAAGUAUGCUUUCAUCACCUUCAAGAUCGAUAGGAUCACCUAGCAGGAGUUAUCGACCCUCCAUGUCGAGAGGUCCAUUGGAAUCUUUGAUGAUAAGAAAUGCUAGUGAUAGUGUUGCCAUCACUACAUUUGGAAAGGAGUGGGAAUCUGCCGAUUCUCCAGAAACACCUAACCUUCAAAGAAUUAGAUCACGGGUUCCAUCCAGUGAUUCACUUGUCAAUGUAGCUGAAUCAUUCCAAUUGAUGUCUAAAUCAGUUGAUGGGGUUAUAGAUGAAAAGUACCCUGCUUAUAAGGAUCGACACAAGUUGGCGUUAGAGAGGGAGAAGGCAAUCAAGGAGAAAGCCGAGCAAGCAAGAACAGAAAGAUUCACUGGUGUUUAUUCAAGCUCAGAUUCACAAGGAAAGGUGGGUGAUAGGAAGCCUGCAAUCUUGCCGCCGAAACUUGCCAAAAUAAAGGAGAAAGUCGUUGUAACUGGUGGUUCAGGUGAGCAAACAAAUAAUGAUGCUACCGAAGUUGCAUCCCAAGUGGUGAGCAAGAUAAAGUAUGCCGAUAUUGAAAAAAGGCCUCCAAGGGUGCCUAGGCCGCCUCCUAAAUCAUCAGGUGGUGGUCCUGGUGCUGCUGCUGCAAAUGCUAAUUCUCCAGGUGGAAUACCUCCUCCGCCAAGGCCACCAGGAGGCCCUCCACCACCACCACCACCACCUGGCGGUGGGCCACCUAGGCCGCCACCUCCACCUGGAAGUUUGUCAAAAGGGCCAGGGACUGGUGAUAAAGUUCACCGAGCUCCCGAGCUAGUGGAAUUCUAUCAGAGUUUAAUGAAACGUGAGGCGAAGAAGGAUACCACAUUAGUUACUUCUUCAACAUCAAAUACAGCCAGUGCUCGGAGCAAUAUGAUCGGGGAGAUCGAGAACAGAUCAACGUUCCUAUUAGCUGUGAAAGCCGAUGUGGAGACACAAGGUGACUUUGUUCAAUCAUUGGCAACUGAAGUGCGUGCAUGUUCUUUUACCAAUAUAGAAGAUCUACUGACAUUUGUGAACUGGCUAGAUGAGGAACUCUCCUUCUUGGUUGAUGAGCGUGCAGUUCUUAAGCACUUUGAUUGGCCUGAGGGGAAAGCGGAUGCAUUGAGAGAAGCAGCUUUUGAAUACCAGGAUCUGAUGAAACUUGAGAAACGGGUCUCUACCUUUGUUGAUGAUCCCAAACUUUCAUGUGAUGCUGCUCUGAAGAAGAUGUACUCAUUACUUGAAAAAGUGGAAUCAAGUGUCUACGCACUAUUACGGACAAGAGACAUGGCUGUUUCUCGUUACAAGGAGUUUGGAAUCCCCGUUGAUUGGUUGCUUGACUCAGGUGUUGUUGGAAAGAUCAAGCUUGCAUCUGUACAGUUGGCAAGGAAGUACAUGAAACGAGUAGCAUCAGAGCUUGAUGCUUCAAAUGUUCCCGAGAAAGAACCAAAUAGAGAAUUUUUGCUUCUGCAAGGUGUACGAUUUGCGUUCCGUGUUCAUCAGUUUGCUGGAGGUUUUGAUGCAGAAAGCAUGAGGGCAUUUGAGGAACUGCGAGGCCGUGUCCAUGCACAAAAAACUGAGGAGCAAAAUACAUCCGAAUCAUGAGGACUCCUCUCUCUCUCUCUCUCUCUAUUUAUUUAUUCCUUCUGUUUAUCUAUUGUAUAUGUCAAAAUCUUGUUCAUCUUGUAAUGGAAAAAUAACAAUACCAAGUCUGAGAUCUUAGCGAAAUAGCCAAUAUUACAGAGUGGCAGUAUUCUUUUAAAAAGUAACGAGUAGAAUGCACACCUGCAAAUCCAUUUGUACCAAACCCUUUAAAUUC